UACAGCCUGGCGGAUCUCUACUACGAUGCCACUCUGAUCCGUGUUCCUUACCGCAAGGGCGUUGUUUGGAAAUGGUACACCUACUGGGACACCCUGGUCUUGGAAGGAAGCAACUGGAUGCGUCCAGUUUUCGCAUUGCCUCGCAAGGUUGCGACAGGCUUGAUUUCCCGACCAUACAGAGAUCAGAUCACCCAACGCGGAAUGGUCCUCGCCCAUCUCGGCUUUUGGUCCUUGUGGGCAUCAGCUGAAGGCUUGGAGGUUAUGACCGUGACGGUCACUUGUGGAAAGACGAAAAGUUGUGUGAGUCCUAGGAGCCACCGCUGCCUCAGAACUCGAGAGCACCGAGUGGACACGACUCGAGAGACGGAGAUAUAUAUGGUGGGCCAUUCACUGGGAGGUGCCGUGUCAUGGUUUGCUUCCCUCAACAUCGUUGCAGAACUGCAAGACAAAUUCCCGAACGUGAAAGUCUUCCAUGCGACUUUCGGCGCACCCCCUGUUGGGACGAAACGAUUCAGCGAACACUUUCGACGCAGCAUGGCGGGCCACCAGUCAUGGGCCGUGUUCCAUAAACGAGACCAAGUUGCUAAUUGCUUUGCAUGGCUUGGCUCGAUACGUGGGGUCAAAUUGUUGCCUUGGUGGAGCAAUGGGAGCCGCGCUGGAGCUGAAUGCGUUAUCCAAAAACUGGGUACCCCGACACCAUCAACAGUGCAGAUAAAUGACGGACGUGUC